AUGCAGACUGUGUUCACAGAAACCUACAAGUAUACCGAACCGAUGAAAAGUCUAGGUCGUGUUAUUGAAAAGAUGAAGAGGAGCGGUACCAGGCGUUUCACUAAAGCGCUUCGCAAAGUGGACGCCUUCGCCGAGUAUAUGAUGCAUUUUUCCUCCGGUGAGUCGCCUUCCUACUCUCCGGAGCGAGCAGAAGACGAGGGAGAUAUCAGGGAAGGCCCGUCGGUCGCCCGUUGA